CUCAAAGAUGAGCCACUUUUGGAGGAAGGAACCAAAACUGUUGACACGUUGGCCACACUGAUGUUGACUGGAUGCACAACCCAUCAGAUUGCUGAGAUAAUCAUGCAAUGCCGACCUUUAAGAAAUGCAGUUAAGUGUUUGUUCUUGAACGAUGUGAAUGAACAGUGUCAGAAACUUUGCAACAGGAGUGCUGAGAAUUCAUCUGUACUUCGUACUCCACCUUCCAAGCAUAUGGUAAUUACAGGGGUAAUUACUAAAAACCUUAUGGUUAAGGGCUAGUGUAGAAAGUAAAAUGCACUCAGGUAUUGUAAUUUUUUUAUAACCAAUAAAAUUUAAAAUUCACUUGAAAUUGGAAUUUAAUCAAAAUAAUCUUUUGGAACCCUAAAUAAAAAAUAAAUAAAUUAUGAUGCAUUUUUUAAUUAAGGGAAAUAACAUGAUAACAUACAAAUGUAUAAUUCUAUGUUCUAGAAAAAACUGACUGUUAAUCUAAUUCAAAUUGAUUUCUAAAUAGGAGUUGAAGAAUUUCUCCUGGGAAAAGGUUAUCACAGAAAUGAAGGAGCGUGUCCCUGAUGUACUGGAUGUCCUAGCUGCUGUAGCAAUUCCAAAUGUCACAGCUCAUGAAGACAGUGCAAAGCACUGGAUUGCCCCACUUUGUACUGCAUAUGGCAUACUAAUGUUUACCCGGUGGAAAGAACUAAGCUUGAUACAGAAGAUAAACAGUAUAUUGCUCAAUACUGGACAUGCCACUGAAAGGGUAUUUAAUGUAUCACAAUUAACUCUGCUUUCAUGUGCAUUAUUGCAGCCAUACCGGGGCUUUAAGGAGCAUUAAUUAUAGUUUAUUUUUGGUUGGUUAAAUUUUAUCUGUAGUGAAUCUUGCCAAAGACAAAUGCAGAUCUGGUAAUUUGUAUUUUAAUAUUCUGCAGACAAUGAAGAGGCUUAACAGAGCAGGUGUAACAAUGACCAGGGAAACCUACAGGGGCAUCAUGGAUGACAUUGGGUCUGACUUAACAGGUAAAUGAACAUAUUAAAUAUGUUAAGUAAUAAUAAUUAACCCUCUUGAAUUUACAUGUUACUAGUUUUUCAUUAUUUACUAUAUGCUAGUAAGUCAGUCUUAAAUUUGAAAAUAAAGUAAACAAUUUGAAUACAUGUUUUACUUUAGAAACUCGAUCUGGAACAAUUAAAAAAAAAUCUGUAAUUAAAAUGUAUUGUGUGUUAAAAAGGAGAGAAUCUGUCAAGUGGCAAGGAUCAGUCCUUAAAGAAAAGUUAAUAAUGAAACUUAUUUUCUUCCUUUUUAAUAUUUCAAUCUAGGUCUAUACAAUAAAAUGCAUAGAACUUCAUAAGCUGUCUAAAAGAAGUUCAAUUAAAACGCUUUGUUCUUCAUUUUUUAAAUUAACAGUCACUAUAAGAAGGCAUGUGUCAGCUGGAUGUGUAUACCCAGGUUAUUCUUUGAUAAUCUGGACUUCAAGGUAUUGGCGGUUAACAUCAUACUGCAGAAUCACCGCCACUCAGAUAUGCAUUGGAUUGCUCAUUAUGUAACAUUCGACAGAGUACCCUCUGAUCACCUCGAUGAUUCCAAACCUAUAUCUGAUGGCACACGAUUUGAGAAUAUUGAGUACCUUCUGUGUCAAAGUGAACUUGAGAAGUUGCGAAAUGAUUUCAUCGUCUUAGUGGCCUGUAUUCUUGUUGAAUUCUUUGAAUUCAUGGAGCCUCUCAAAUCUGCCAUACCAAAGCAUAUCCAACACAGGUAG